AUGGCCAUCACGCCUUCGAAGCCAAUCUUCUGUGCGACCCACCCCCGGGCCUGCUCUACCGCCUUUGAGAGGGUGUUCAUGGCCCGCCGGGACAAGCUGGCGUGUGUCCAUGAGCCUUUUGGCGAUGCGUUCUACUACGGUCCCGAGCGCAUCGGUGAGCGUUUUGAGAACGACGCCGACGGCAGGGAAAAGUCUGGCUUCGCCGAGACGACGUAUGCCGACGUGCUGAGCCAGAUUGAGGAGGCCGGCAAAGAGGGCGGCAAGCGCAUCUUCGUCAAGGAUAUGGCGCAGUACCUGAUUCCUCCCAACGGAGGAAAGGCCGCCAUUGUGCCCUCGGCCGGUAACGCCCCCGAGGCCGGCAACCCGACGGUGCUGCCGAUUGAGACGCUCCGCAAGUUCCAGUGGACGUUCCUCAUUCGGCACCCGCGCCGCUCCAUCCCCUCGUACUACCGCUGCACCGUCCCGCCCCUGGACAAGAUGACCGGCUUCUACAACUUCAUGCCCAGCGAGGCCGGCUACGCGGAGCUGCGCACCCUCUUGGACUUCCUCGUCAAGGAGCGCAUCGUCGACGAGAGCAGCCUGCUCGUCGUCGACGCCGACGACCUGCUCGACGACCCCGAGGCCAUCAUCCGUGCUUACUGCCAGCACGUCGGCCUCGACUUUACUGACAACAUGCUCAACUGGGGCGAGGAGGACACCAAGAUCGCCCAGGAGAAGUUCGCCAAGUGGACCGGUUUCCACGAAGACGCCCUCGGCAGCACCUCGCUGAGGCCGCGCAACAAGGCGCAUGUCAUCACCCGUGAAUCCGAAGAAGCCGAGUGGAAGCAGAAGUUCGGCGACAAGGGUCUCAAGGAGAUCCGCGAGUGCGUCGACGCCAACGUCAAGGAUUACGAGUAUCUCAAGAAGUUUGCUAUCCGGGUCUAA